AUGAGCUACGCGAAGAAGUCUUCCUCUGCCGGUGGCGUGAUGCUGUACUCGCCACCUCAGUCGACGAGGAUCUCAAGCAACUCGACUGACACCGAUGAGCAGUCAUUCUCUACCCGGCACUCGACUGGCACGCAGCAGCCGUCUGGCGCUGCCACUCCCACCAGCAAGCAGGGGCGAAACUACGGUCCUGAGGAUUGCAUCAAUGACAUCCGCAAAAUUUGCAAGGACAGUCAGGCUCGCGUCCAGGCCCUCAGUCAGGCCAUUGGCCGCCAGCCUGGCAUGCCUGCCAGCCUCGGUGACCUGCUGAACAACGACCUUCGCAACAUCGCCCAGCAGUUCGUCACGACCAUGUACCACUGCCACGUGCUGGAGCGGAAGGUUGAGGAGCUCACCGACCGCAGCUCCCAGGAGGGAACCACCUCAAGUGUUGCCCACGAGGCUCAGAUGAACAGCCUGCGCAACAAGCUUCAGAACAGCCAGGACCGCGUUCGCAAGCUCGAGCAGGAUAUGCGUGACAUGGAGCAGGGCUACGCCACCGCAGAAAAGAGGCGCAAGGUGGAGAUAGAGAAAAAGACUGAGAAAAUCAGCAACCAGAAGCGCCGCAUUAGGGAGCAGCAGGACCAGAUCGACAACCUCAAGAAGAAGCCCAGCGACGGCAGCAAGGCGUCCAAGGGAUCCAAGUCCACCAAGGCGAACGACUCGUCUCCUGAUGUCAACAUCUACAACUCGGCGACGUCUGAGAUCGGUGCUCGUAACAGCCCGUGCCCUCCCCGCCCCAAAUACACGUCCACACUUGAUGGCAAGGACGAGGAGUUUCUGUUGAACAACUUGAAGAAACUCAAUGUGGAGUUCGAUGCCGCCACCGCGCAGCCGCCCCGUCCUCUGUCCAGAUCGACACGCAUGGAGCAGGACAACUACGGGGGUCACCCACCCCUUGGGUACGGACAGUACGGCAUGCCACCACCGAUGGGCCCCAUGGGUCCUACGCCUGGCGCAAUCGGGCCCUAUGGUGCCUACCCUCCGCCCAUAGCAUCCUAUGGUGGUCUCAUGCCCAACUAUGGCCGCCCGCCACCCCCGGCCGGCCCCAUGACUCCCUAUCAUGGCUAUGGUGCACCAGGGUACCCAACCCAUGGUCCGCAUGGUCAGGCUCGCCCGCACAGCCAUUCGGCUCGCGGCUCCGAGCACCAAUCCAGUGCUCUUGUCAUUCGUCGCAACGAUGACUCUGACUUUGACCCUGAGACAAAGAUCUGGAAGGACUUGUUCUUCCGACUGUUCACAGCCUCAUUCGGCUGGUCUGACAAGCACUGCAGGCAGAUCGCGCUUGGUGCUGUCGAGGAGGCCACCAAAGCCAACCCGAGGCUGUGGAACUACAUCCUCAAGGUGGCCUCGUGCCACAAAGAUCCGCAGGCCGCCGCUAAGCACGCGUUGUUCAUGCUGAACUCGCCUGACCACCGCUGUUACUUUAUCUCGCGUCUGCUCCUGCAGUACGUCGAGCAGGAGAUGCUGCACUGGAAGUUCUGGCUGGGCUGGGAUGAGGAGACCGACGUCCAGCUGAAUAAGAUCGGUCCGAUCAUCGACUACAUUGGCUACCCCCUCGAGCAGCGCCGCGCCGCCCGCCAGGAGCUGCGUCAGGUCGUCGAGGGCAUUGUCAAGGACGAGGAGUGGCCCCGCUUCCGUUCCUUCAAGACCGCCCAGAAUGCUAACCGCCUCAAGGACAUUGCUGGUCCCUUCCUCAACAGCGAAGUCGGCGCUGACGCCAGUCUAGGUCUACAUUCUCUCUGCAAUAUUGGUAUUGAAAUAUCCAACAAAAUGAUGAGCAGCCGCCUAUCCUUCGCCUUCACCUGGAACGAGUGUGCUGUCAAGUUCAGUCACGACUCGCACACAGCCCUGAACAGCGACCUGCACGGCAUGUCCCUGCAGCACAAGCACAUUCGUGUAGCCCUCGUUGUGACCCCUUCCAUCAGCUACCGAGACGACUCUGGCGUUUCCAUUGUGCCCCGUGGUGUCUGCAAGGCACAGGUCUUGGUCAUGAACUAA